AAGUUUUAUUUAAAACACUGUCUUCUGCAGUUCAUAUAGGGACGAUACUGACACCCACAGCAGAUCUCCGUGACAGAUUCGAACCUCCUGUGUAGUGAUCAUGGCGGAUGAGAAGCGGUUUAGCGAGGAUUCAUCUCCAGUUUCAGAGAUGUCCUCUCUGGGUAAGGCUUUGUCGCACACCAGCUUGGAUCGCUUGGAGUCUGAUGGACUGCAAUUCCAAGCGGCCCCAUCUCGUACUGGUGGGACCCAGACUUGCCGAAGGAGGAGGCUAUCUAACGCGCAGAGUUCGGACUCUUUGGAAGGACCUGUGAGCCCAGCUACAGAAGCUCGGGUAUUGGUCAUCAACACAGGAGGGACUAUCGGCAUGGUGUACCAUGAGAACGUGCUGGCCCCUCAACCUAAUGCACUUGUUAAGACUUUACGCAAGCUGCUCAUCCUGCAUGACGAGACCUACGCCAGGCAGACUUGUCUCUAUGACUAUUAUGACCCCCCGGAGAACACUAUGGUCCUGCCGAGUCCAGUACACCAUGAUGAUGGAUUUACAAAAGGGCUUUCAAAACAGAACAAGAGAAUUAUUUAUACAGUUUUGGAAUAUUCUCCCUUACUGGAUUCUUGUAACAUGACCACUGAUGACUGGGCGCAGAUUGCCAAAGAUAUUGAGAAACACUACGAAGAGUAUGAUGGCUUUGUAAUUUUGCAUGGGACAGAUACCAUGGCAUACACUGCAUCUGCACUGUCCUUUAUGUGUGAGCAUUUAGGCAAACCUGUCAUUCUGACAGGUUCCCAGGUUCCUAUCUACGAGAUGAGGAAUGAUGGUCGUGACAACCUCUUGGGGGCGCUGUUGAUUGCUGGACAGUUUGUGAUUCCUGAGGUCUGUCUGUAUUUUCAUCACAAGCUCUACAGAGGGAACCGAGUGACAAAGGUGGAUGCUGGGAGUUUCAACGCCUUUUCUUCACCUAACCUUGCACCACUAGCCAAUGCUGAAGUUGAUAUAAAAAUUAACUGGGACACAGUCUGGAGAGCCAACACCACAGCCAAGUUUUUCAUUCAGACAAGCAUGAACAGGAAUGUGGGACUCUUGCGUCUCUUCCCUGGAAUCACUGCAGAGACUGUGCGUGCCUUCUUGCAGCCCCCUAUGGAAGGAAUUGUCCUGGAGACAUAUGGCAGUGGAAAUGCCCCUGACAAUCGAGCCGAUUUGCUAGAAGAAUUCCGCAAGGCCACAGACAGGGGUGUCAUCAUGAUCAACUGUACACAGUGCUUACGGGGUUCAGUCACAGAGUCCUAUGCCACCGGCAAGGCACUGAGCAAUGCAGGCUUGAUAGCAGGUUGUGACAUGACACCAGAAGCUGCCCUUGCGAAACUGUCAUAUGUACUGGCAAAACAGCAUCUCAGCUUGGAUGAGAAAAGAAAGAUGCUGAGUGAAAACCUAAGGGGGGAGAUGAUUGCAUCGCUUCAGGGAGCCAAGUUGUCACUGAGAGACAGCAGGUUCAUCCAGGUCGUUGCAAAGUCACUGAGCAUCAGCUGCAAAGAGGAGCUGGAGGCCAUCCGUGAUGCCCUGACGCCUUCAUUGGCUUGUGCUGCUGCUCAAACUGGGGACAUAAAUGCCUUGGAAGCCAUUCGGGAAAUGGGAAGCGACCUGAAUAGCAAAGACUAUGAUGGUAGGACUCCACUUCAUGUUGCGGCCUGUGAGGGUCACCUGAAAGUAGUACAGUAUCUGCUGAGCCAUGGAGCCACUGUUUACACCAAGGAUCGCUAUGGCGACACACCUCUGAAGAAUGCAACCAGGUUCAGACAGAGAGAGGUCAUCAGACUGCUCAGACAGACAGGGGCCCACUUAUCCCGAGAAGAACUAGAAGACGUGGGAACAGAAUUGUGUAGCCUGGCAGCUAGUGGAGACCUAGAUGGGCUAAAUAUUUGGAGUCUUGCUGGAGCUAGCAUGGAUUUGACAGGCUAUGAUGGACAGACCCCACUGGAAGUGGCUCUAGCAACUGGAAACAAGGAAGUGAUUGAAUUCUUGACGCAGGCACACCUGCUCAAGCCCCAAGUUCUUUCCAAUGGAGAUGUGAUAGAAAGGUGGGUCCAAAAUGACCUCAAGCAUUGAUCAGAUGGAAACUUCUUAGGGAAAAGGGUACUGCAGAGAUUUGAACCAAAAUUAUGCCAGUAUGACUUCCUCAUACCACAGUGGUUUACAGUAUGUGUAUUGUGAUCUCUCUUGUACCACAGCUUGUUUUUGAGAAUAUAGUAUGACAUUGUAUUUAGAUGAUAAAGUCCUACCUUUUACUUCUGCACUACGUACAGUACGUGCUAGCUCUCAUACAAAUUUUGAAAAGAGACUCAGAGUUCAGUACACAUUUUAACAGCUGGUCUCAGUAUAUUUUCAGAAGUGCUAUGUAAAUCAAAAGUAUUGCUACAUAAGUAUGGCUUUUCCCCCAAAACGUCAUCAUAUUAUUUUAUAAUAUUUUUCUGAGUCUUUUUGGCUAGUUCACUUCUGGGUGACUGAAAAGGAAUUCCUCAUAGCAAUCCUUUAAAAAUGUUUUAGUUUUGUUCCUACUUCCUGGGUGCAAAAGCCCUGUAAUGUUUCCUUUUUUUAGUGUUCUUAGUUAAAUAACUUACCCUUUCUGGUUUGAAAGUACAGUAUAUUGAAUCCUCAUAAAAUGUUCCCCUAAUUAUUUAUACAUAUUGUUUUUAGAAUGUUUUUGUAGGUAUCACUUGUACUGUAGAGAUUAUUUUAAUUAUUAUUUUAAUUACUCUUUUUUGUAGCAUACAGUGUGUAUAUAUACGAUGAAGGAAGCUUUUUCAAUUCAGCAAACUCUUUAAACUAUCAUUUUGAAGAUGGAAAAGUGAAAUGUUUUUAAAAAAAAAACGUGUUCUGUUAUUGGAGGUUAAAAGUGAAAAAAGUAAGCAUUUUCAUGUUCUAUGUCCAAUAAGAAAAUAAAAAGUAUUAUUCAUGAAAUGUACUGUCAAUGUGCUGCUUCGAUUUUACAGACCUCAAUGAACUGAACAUGUACAGUAUAAUAACUUGGUCUUUAUAGAUACAAAUGAACAAGUAAACCUCAUUUGUUUGUAUUAUAUACUAUAUAAUGCUACACUUUCUAGUGUGUCUCCUCAAGUACUCUACAACAUAGCUGUUUUGGGGAUUCGUGUUAACUUGGCUUUUUGUUAACGUUUUCUGUUUUACCCACUACAUUGUUUCUGAUGUGCAGGAGUCCACUUGGAGUGUAUGAUUGUAUUAUUUUAUUAUUUUAUCUGUAUGAUAUAUUACAUUCAGCACAGAUUGAACUAAAUAUUGAAGGAAUAAUCUGUCUUUUUAUCUAAGUACUACAUAUUGGUGUAUGUUAUGUAGUAAUAGCAUUAGUAUGUUUAUGAUGUAUUCACAAGGUGAAUAAACUCAUGAAUAAAGACAAGCAUGACCCAUC